UAUCUCUUGAACAUACUGGAGUUUUAGUCUAGUUGUCAUUCGUUCAGGGUGUUGAGCAAUUCGAUUUUCGGUCCAUUUUCGGUUCAUGCAUGAAAUUGAUCAACCGAGUUUAGCAAGGUGAGUUAGUUUUCGACGGUUCUCGAAAUUUUAUCUCGGAAAUCGUUGCUGAGUUGACUCGUUAUUUCGGUGGCUCGGCCAAUUUUAAUCAAGACCUCUUCCAUUCUCGAUCACCGCCGUCGCUGUCGAUGUCGUCUUAUUCCGAGAACGACGCCGAGGCUCUCCGACGUAAGCGCAUCCUCUCCAGCAAGCUCUACUUCGACGUGUCCCCGUCCAAGGUUCCGCUAAUCUACUCCGAAUCCUAUGACAUAUCGUUUCUCGGCAUAGAGAAACUGCAUCCGUUUGAUUCGUCGAAGUGGGGACGCAUUUGCCGAUUCCUCGUUUCGUUUGGUAUUCUCGACAAAGAAAGCAUCGUUGAGCCUCUCGAAGCUUCCAAGGAUGAUCUUCUAGUGGUUCACACAGAAUUGUAUCUGAAUAGCCUGAAGGGGAGUUCAAAAGUUGCUAUGAUAGUUGAGGUCCCUCCCGUGGCAUUAAUUCCCAAUUGCCUUGUGCAACAAAAAGUUCUUUUCCCAUUCAAGAAGCAGGUUGGAGGAACUGUACUGGCUGCAAAACUUGCAAAGGAGAGAGGAUGGGCCAUUAAUGUGGGAGGAGGUUUUCAUCACUGCUCUGCAGAAAAAGGAGGUGGAUUCUGUGUUUAUGCAGAUAUUUCUCUUUGCAUCCACUUUGCUUUUGUUCAGUUGAAUAUAUCAAGGGUGAUGAUCAUUGAUCUUGAUGCACAUCAAGGAAACGGUCAUGAAAUGGACUUUGCCUACGAUAGCCGAGUCUAUAUCUUGGAUAUGUACAAUCCUGGAAUUUAUCCUUUGGAUUACGAGGCGAGAAACUACAUAAAUCAGAAAGUUGAAGUAAAGAGUGGGACACUUACAGAAGAGUACCUGCAAAAAUUAGACGAAGCACUAGAGGUUGCUGGGCGUAGGUUUAACCCUGAGUUGGUAAUUUAUAAUGCUGGAACCGACAUCCUACAAGGAGAUCCGUUAGGAAGGUUGGAGAUCAGCCCCGAAGGAAUUGCCCUUAGAGAUGAAAAAGUUUUCCGGUUUGCUCGUGAGAAGAACAUUCCCAUCGUCAUGCUCACUUCAGGUGGCUACAUGAAAUCUAGUGCUAGAGUGAUUGCAGAUUCAAUAAUCAAUCUUUCUAAUAAAUGCUUGAUAGAAACGGGUGGAGCUCCAAAGUCUGCGUGAAGUGCUCUUGCACUCGUGGUUUACAGAUCAGAUCAUCAAAUGGCCCGUUAUGAGAGUUUUCCAUAUCCUUGGUAUUUGGUUUAUUGUGUGUUCUUUUAUUGGAAACUUUGGUGUAUAGUGUUUGAUAUAAAAAAAUAACUUAAAUAGUAGUAAUAUAUCCAUGAAAUAGUUGUAUAUUUAUGAAAAAGAAGAUAAAUGAGUUGUACUGUAUGUGAUGUACGUGUGAACAUAAUGGUGAUCACGUGGGUAAUAUAUUAGUAUCCCUGUAUCUUA